AUGAAGGGAAAGAUGAACGCACCAUGUCUGGAAGAAAUCUCCCAAGCUAUCAACCCUCGCAGCAUUUCUCCACCGCCCCAAUACUCUCUUCAUGAACCUUCUCGCACACCUCAAGUGAACGGCAGCUUGACGGACAGAACGCAACAGAUUAGCCUAUCGACAGACGAUAACCUCAAACUUCUCACAACAUCCACCAUUGUGCCCGAUGAGGUGUCAACAAACUGCUGGAGCGACGAAGCCACAGCCCGGGUGGUACUCUCUCUACUUCAGAAGGAACCUUUAAGCCCUUUGCCUCAUCCGAUAACCCAAAACGACAUAAAAAUACAGAACAAGCCACUUCUGACCUGCGUUGUCUGUUUCGAGACGUACAGGGAUGACUAUUUCCCAAGCACACCAAUCGCAACAGCCUGUGACCAUACUUCUGUAGCCGGCACUGAUAUCUGUCUAGGAUGUCUACGUCGGUGUCUUGACAUCCAAUUCUCUUCGCAGGACACCAGCACACUAUCAUGUCCUCUCUGUCAUGAACAGCUUUCCGAUGAAGAGGUUCAACGAUGGGCUAGCCGACAGACAUUUCAUGCCUAUGAUCGGAUGCGAACCUGGCAGAUGCUAGAGGAAGACGCCGAGUUUGUCCCCUGCAUUCGGCAGAGUUGUGGAUAUGGACAACUACACGCCGGAGGACUGGAGGAUCCGAUUGUGCGCUUUGACCGGGUUGUGAAAGCCCGUUUCCAUGGUGAAAACGUUCAAAAAGCCCAGUCAUUUCCAGGGUUUCUCCCUGCAGUGACUGACUCUGGCAUCGUUAGCGUGGGCCAAGCCAGCGUAUCGCAAUUGAACGAAAGGGCAACACGGCAUCCCAUCCGGCUCGCACCGUGCAUGUACCAAGAGCUGGGACUGGGACUGGGACUUCUUCACUCACCGAUCGACAUGCAACCAUUAGCCCCCGUUGGUGACGAGUUCUGCGCAAAGCGAGUGACGAGGACAGAAUUACCGCCGGGCGAGUCGAGCGGCAGCCAAUGCGAGGAUCCCCUGGCCGGCCGCAGGUGA